AUGGCAGCAGACAGCAACAUGGCUCCUGACGAAAAGCCGAGCACUACUCCUGCGAAAAGGGCCGUCCACAAGAUCCGAAUGGCCAGCCUAGUCUUCAGCUUGGCGCGAGGUUGGCAGCAGUGGGCAUCUGACCACCAUAUAAAGCAAGCCCAAGAGCCCUCUGGAUGGGUCCCCCCUGAAGAAGACUCAUCAGCUCAGCCUGUACAAGAAAGACCCUUUGAGAAAUGGCCUAUUCCAUCUGUCAAGGGGGACCAAGGAAAAGAUGAUGAAAAAUCCUCAGCAAAGGAAUCAGUGACAAUAAGAGAGGCUGAAAAAAAUUCAAGGGAAUCAGAUGAAGCCCUCAAAAAGUUCAACAUUAAAAGCAAAGAGGUGACCAAAACAGUUGUCAGCAAAGCCUAUGAACGAGGAGGUGAUGUUAGCCUCCUCAGUGAAAGAUAUGAGAAUAAUAGUAGCUCAGAAAUGCCCAAGCUCAAAGAAGAAUCAAGUGCUAUUGACAAAAUUCUUAGUGGCAAAUUAUCUCCAACCAUAAGGAGAAAGUGUUCAAAUGUGGUAUCAGAGCUGACCAAGGGCUGGAAACAGAUGGAACAAGAGGACAAAGAGGGGACUAAGGAAGAACUCCUGCUUAAGUGUCAUGAUGACAGCCUGGAUGCAGAGGACAGCGGGUACGGGGAAGCAGAAGACAAACCCGAGCAAGGAGACAGUGACCGAGAGGUGAUGGCUGUGCGGAUUAAACGACCUGUGCCAUCUUUCGCAAGCAGGUUCAGCGAAGAAGCAAGCACCAAAGCCCAGAGGAAAUACAGCCCCGUUAACAGCCUGAAGGACAGGUGGCAAGAAUGGGCCGACCAGCACAUCAUAACGCAGAAGCUGAAUCCCUUCAGUGAGGAGUUUGACCACGAGCUGGCCAUGUCCACGCGCCUCCACAAAGGAGAUGAAGGCUACGGUCGUCCAAAGGAAGGAACCAAAACUGCCGAAAGAGCCAAGAGAGCCGAGGCCCACAUCCAUCGGGAGAUUAGGGACAUGUGCUUCAUCAUUGAAUCAAUGGCUAAGCCACGACCCGACGGCAAGAUCCAAGUCACUUUUGGGGAACUCUUCGACAGAUACGUUCGUAUUUCAGAUAAGGUUGUUGGGAUUCUCAUGAGAGCCAGGAAACAUGGGCUGGUGGACUUCGAGGGAGAAAUGUUAUGGCAAGGAAGGGAUGAUAAUGUCAUAAUUACUUUAUUAAAAUAA